AUGUCGUCUUCCAACAUCGUGAUGGAUUUCCUCAACGUGGUCACACUCAGCAGGAGUAAGUUCAUCCUCGUUGCAAGGGCGGUUGCGUGCUUGAAAGUUCUCUCUCUCGCCUAUUUCGUCCUCUGGUCUUACGGGAGCGGCUUGUGCUUCCGGCACUUGACGGGCCUGGCGAGCGGAGCUGUCUUCAUCCCGUUCUUUUUUUGCCUCGUGCUCUUUGGGAUUGAAGUGAUCUUCUGGAUGACCUCGCUGUACAAGAGGAUGCUUACUCGCAUGUAUGCCCAGAGCCUGCUGGACGCCAACCGCAACCUCCUCGCUCUCUGCACCCCCCAGCUGUGCAUGGCACAGAAGAAGCGCAUCAGAGGGCUAAACACUCUGACGGACCUCGGCAUUCUGAUCUGGCUGAUCAUCGUUGGGUCCAUGUACGGGGAGUUUGAGAGGUCGCAGGCAACAACGGCUUGCAACUACGUACAGGACUAUGGCGAUGGGUACGCAGGAGUCACGAGCUGCGUCAUCUGCAGCCUCCAGCCUCUUGUCGCUGCGUACGCCUGCUUCCUCGGGGUGUCGGUCGGUAUCAUCCUCAAGACGGUUGUCCUGGCGUCGCAAGGAGACUUCACGCUCCAGUCGCGGGUGCUGGAGAACGUCCUGAUGAACGGGUCGAGGUUCAAGAACGCCUUCUGGAUCUGGAUCACCUGCAGCGAAGUCCGGCAGCUCUACUCCGCCACGCUGUCGGGUGUGCUCUUCAUCCCAGCGCUGCUGCUGAUCCUGGGAGGGUAUGUGAUCGUGCCUCCUAGCGCACAGAUCGUCCUGGCUCCCAUCCUCUACGUGCUGACGGGGAUCAUCUUGGUGGUGGACGGAGGCGUCGUGUACUUGCCAUGGCGGAUCCUCUCCUCGCUCUUCUUCACGGGCGAGUCCAUCGUCUCUCUUGACAUCACCUCCAUGGUGUCGAGGCCUCAGCGCAAAGUUGUCGCCUCCUUCCUGUGGUUUCUCUCAGUGCCAUGGGUAGGAGGCUGCCAGUUGGCCAACAUGGGGGCGCUAGGAGGGAUCAACAACUUUGCCGCCAUCCUGCUCGUUCUCUGUGUCGUCCUCACAAUCUUCCUGUUCCUUGUCCGGGAUCACGAGAUGUCAGUCCAGCAGCUGCUUAAGAGAGAAACCGUUGACAACUACGGGCUCGUCUUGUCCAAGGACCGCCUGGUCUCUGAAUUCUCGCGCAUCCUGGAGGCAAGCAAGAGCGGCCCAGCUGUUGUCGAGCAUGACGUUCGGAUCCCAACCUUCCUCGCUAGUCAAGACAGAGUCGAUCUCUCCGCCGUGAUCAGCUACCGAUGGAGCGACGAGUUUCUGUACAGGAAGAAGAACCCGCAGGCUGCUGCUCCUCGUUGCUACAAGAUUCGGCUUGCAGGCAACGACGGCUUCGAUUGGGUGGUCACGAUAGUGGAGCCGAUGCUGCAAGGGAUGGUGAAUGCACUGGCGAGAGGCAGUCAGGAGUAUGUCUGGAUGGAUCAGUUCUCGAUCCCUCAAGUCAACUCAGCAGGGACGAAGGAGCAUGAAAGAGUGAAAGAGGCUUACAGGAACGCCUUGAUCCCUCGCAUGAUCGGCCUCUACUCUUCGGGAGGGCUAGUAGUCGCUUUCAACAACACCGGAGAUUCAAGGAUCCUGGAGCAGGACUGGUACCAAAGUCGGCUGUGGUGCGUGCAAGAGUACUCCUUCCCCGAGAAGAUCGUCUUCGAGAACAUCAGCAACUCUGGUGGGGAACAUCAACAAGAGAUUGCCAACAAGCGCAACAGGUUCAACCAGCUGUGGUUCAGGUUGACCAACAGGAUCCGGUCGAAUCAGGUGGCGGACGUUCUCAUGGACAACGAGAGCGUGAAGAGGAAGAUCUUGCUCGAUUGGGAUAGCACGCUCGAUACUUUCGCGCAGGACGUGGUCAACCGAGUGGCUCAGAUAGGAGCGGCGGAUUACCUUGACAACGUCAAGAAGCUCAGCGCGUCCAAUCGAAAUGAUAUCCUGCCUGCCCUUGCGCAAGCUUGGUUUGGGGUCAUCAUGACCAAGGAGGAGACCAAGUUUCACUUAGUCAUCUCCAUCCUUGGCGCCUACUUCCUCACUAGCGAGCAGACGUCGUUCGACGUGAUCGUCAACCGCGAGACCGACAAUGGAGUUUGCCCGCCCUCAGGGACCAUGUCGGUUGAUCGCAUGCUUGCCGACUACCCCGCGGGCCUGGAGAAGGGGAGGGCACAGCUAGUCAAGAUAGCGUGCAGGGCUGAGACGAGGCAGCAACGACGUGGGCAGCCGGACUUGUACGUGUUCUCAGGGAAACUCUUGCUUCCUGCCGGGUUUGACAAGUGGGAGACGGUCUUGGAGUGCGUAAGAGACACAGAGACUGUAGAGGAAGGAACUAAGAAGUAUCUUCUCGUGAAGAUGACUGUUAGAGUUCCGGCGCCUGCUCUGGAGGAACAAGGGCAGACGGUCCAGGAGUUCGAAUGUCUGUGA